GUAUAUAUAUAGCAUCCUUGGCCACCACCUUCUUCAACCAACUCAUUCCAAGUUCCAACCCUUCUCUCCCUCAGAAAGCAUCAAUUUCUCCUAGCUUUUUUCUUGAUUUUCUCCUUCGAUGGCCGAAACCAAAACCAAUGGCUUUGUUUUCCCUGGCAAGAAAAGAUCUGGCCGCGAUGAUUUCGACGGUGAUGAUCAUUUCAUCUCCAAGAAAUCAAUGUUGUCAUCAGGUGUCCCACCCACUUGGGAAGACCCUGCUGCUGCAUUUGCCAGUGCCCGCCACGAGUUUGGUGAACACGGUGGCGUUAACAUGUCUAUCGAAGCUUCCGCUACCUUCACGGUGAUGGAGCCGGAGACCAUGCGCCGUAUGUUCACCGGCGAGCUUGGCCCUGAUCGCGAUUUCUUCAUCUACAGCCGUCACUUUAACCCCACGGUCUUAAACCUCGGCCGUCAGAUGGCCGCCCUCGAAGGAACCGAAGCCGCCUAUUGCACUGCCAGCGGAAUGUCGGCAAUUUCGUCUGUGUUGAUGCAACUAUGCAGCAGUGGAGGACACGUGGUGGCAUCAAGGACACUCUACGGUGGAACCCACGCACUACUGACCCACUUCUUGCCAAGAGCUUGCAACAUAACGACGACGUUCGUGGACAUCAACAAACUGGAGAUGGUUCAAAAUGAAAUCGUCGAAGGGAAAACCAAUGUGUUAUAUUUCGAGUCCAUGUCGAACCCCACACUCACGGUGGCGAACAUACCGGAGCUGAGCCGUAUAGCUCACGACAAGGGAGUGACGGUGGUGGUCGACAACACAUUUGCUCCAAUGGUGCUCUCGCCGGCUCGGCUGGGAGCUGACGUGGUGGUUCACAGUAUCUCCAAGUUCAUUAGUGGCGGGGCCGACAUUAUUGCAGGGGCUGUUUGUGGACCUGCAAGCCUGGUAAAUUCUAUGAUGGACCUUCACCAAGGAGCCCUGAUGCUACUAGGCCCAACAAUGAAUGCGAAAGUUGCAUUUGAACUGUCUGAGAGAAUUCCUCAUCUAAGCCUCAGAAUGAAAGAGCAUUGCCACCGAGCAAUGACUUAUGCCACAAGAAUGAAGAAGCUGGGCCUGAAAGUUGUCUACCCAGGUCUCGAAGAACACCCACAGCACAAGCUCUUAAAGUCCAUGGCCAACAAAGAAUAUGGGUUUGGUGGGCUUCUUUGUGUAGACAUGGAAACCGAAGAAAGAGCCAACCGGUUGAUGAACUACUUGCAAAACUGUACUCAGUUUGGGUUCAUGGCGGUUAGCUUGGGCUACUAUGAGACCCUUAUGUCUUGCUCUGGUAGCAGCACUAGUAGUGAAAUGAACGCUGAAGAAAAAGCCCUGGCUGGGAUUUCACCAGGCUUGGUUAGGAUGUCAAUUGGAUUCAUUGGGACAAUCGAGCAGAAAUGGAGCCAAUUUGAAAAGGCACUUUCUAGGAUGCAGGACUUGGGUUUGUUUAAGAACUGAUCAAAUCUCUGAUAUCUAGGGUUACCUCAUGUAAAGAUGAUGAUGAAAUCUGAAGCUGGUUGUUUUCAGUUGUUUAUUUUGCUGUUAACCAAGAUCAUAUAAGUUAGUAUC